AUGGAUAUUUACAUCAGACCAGAUAUAGAUCCAUCUCAGCGAGCUCAGCUCAGAGCCGCUGUCGUGGAACCUCGAAGGCGCACUCUUGAAGUACCUUCUUCCGCAAUUCAGUCUUCUUCGCAUGCAGAUGUGAAUCUUUCCGUGUGGUUUCCUAACAGAAAUGCAGAAUCACUGCCUACACAAGUGUGGACGGAUGCCAGGUUGUCUAAGCCCAGACGGGGGAAGUCGAGAGCCAGAGGUCCGGUUCGAACCACGGACCUUCCGGUCUUAUCUGAGGGCGCUGCUUACAUUGAGUGCAAUCCAAACCUAGCUAGCGAUCGGAUCAGCAAAAUGGCCUUAAUAGUGUUUCGCAUGUUCUCAGCAAGUAAAGAGAUCUUCCAGGAGUCGGUCGAUCUGGAUUCGGAGAAGCUGGCAGUCCAAAUACCCCCAGUUGAUGUGGAACUCGAAAUCAAGCCUUCAGCUCCAGUUUUGGCCAAAAUCGUGCAGAUGGACUAUUGA